UGCCUCAAUAUCAUGGAUGCGCCUAUGCAUGUCAAUUUUUCUAACGAGAUGAUUUCUGCUCUUGGGCUAGCGGAUAGGGUUGUGCUUGUUGUCGAUGCUGCUGAGGUCGGCAUGAAUUGGGAUAUGACCGCUUACACAUCCGGGACACAAGGGGCCGCCAUAGCUUGGUUUGUCUCUUUGGACUGCCACAGUGCCCAUCCGGGCGUCUUUGGAUCCUCGGCCAUGGGCCUUGCUGUCUAUGGAUCAUACGCCACUGGUCAUGUUUUGCCACCUGUCUCUCAGGACAACCACCCCUAUGUUCAGUUCGGGAGGCACCGGAGGGAGCCGACAUGGUCAUCAUCAUUCCGUGAAUGAAUAAA